AUGGCUGAAACUUUUCAACCCGCUGGCGCUCGUCCCGUCAACUUCAGCCCUUCAGCUGCCCACCAUCAAGCUGCGCUGUCUCAUCAUGACUCCUUUCCCGGCAACUCUCGCUCUCUGGACGAGCUCAUGAUCCUGAAGCCUUACUUUGCAGGCCAGCCCAAGUCGCUCUCCGGGAUCGCCAUGCGAGCCUUUUGUCUGGGUAUCGCUUUGGCUUCCAGCGGUAUUGCCAUGACGACGAUCCUGGUCAUGACGUCGAGUCCUGCUUGGCGAGUGCCCUUUUUCCUCUUUUCUCUGUCGGCCUUUCACUUCCUCGAGUUUUGGACUACGGCCGAGAAGAACACGCUUGUGGCUAGCAUUGGCAGUUUCCUUUUGACUGCGAACUGGCCGGGCUAUGCCAUUGCCCAUUCAGCUGCGUUCCUUGAGUGCGCCAUUGUCAACAUCAUCUUCCCCGAGCGUAACUGGGCACCUUUUGGUAUCGGAUCUCUACUUCUAGUCGCUGGUCUCCUCAUGGUCACUGUUGGACAGUAUGUUCGCUCGGUGGCAAUGCUUCAAGCUGGGGCUAGUUUCAACCAUCAUGUUCAGACGAGGAAGAAGGACUCACACGAGCUUGUCACCACUGGCAUCUACUCCAUCUUUCGGCACCCCAGCUACUUUGGUUUCUUUUAUUGGGGGCUAGGAACGCAGUUGGUCAUGGGCAACGUUCUGUGUUUCUUUGCCUAUGCUUUUGUUCUUUGGAAGUUUUUCAACAUCAGAAUCAAGCAUGAGGAGGGCAAGUUGAUCGAGUUCUUCAAGGAUGAUUACGUGCAGUACCGAAAGAGGGUUGGAACAAAGAUUCCAUUCAUCGCGUAG